AUGAACUGGCACAUGAUAAUCUAUGGGCUUAUCGUAGUGGUGCUUAAAUCUGUUGGAGUGACCUUAUUUCUACUGUAUUUCCCGCAGAUUCUUAAUACAAGUAAUCAUGGGUUCAACUCUACGAGCAGCUAUGGAACAGUCUGCCCCCAAAACUGGGAUUUUCAUCAAAGAAGAUGUUUUUUCUUGUCCACAUCUGAACUGUCUUGGAACAAGAGCAGGGAUGACUGUGCAUCAAAAGGAUCCACUUUGGCGAUUGUCGACACACCAGAGAAACUGGAGUAUCUCCAGCACAUUGCAGAUGCUGAGAAGUACUUUAUUGGUUUAACAUACCAGUCUGCAGAGAAAAAGUGGCGCUGGAUCAACAACUCUGUGUUCAAUGGCAAUAUUACCCAUCAGAAUCAGAACUUCAACUGUGUCACCAUAGGUCUAACAAAGACUUUUGAUGCUGCAUUAUGUGACGUCAGCUACCGCUGGAUCUGUGAGAAGAAUCCUGAAUGA